GCCUCCCCGGGUCACUGGGCCUGCGGGUCUGGUUGCUAGGCGGAAGCAGGGUGCGGCGGCGGCCGCUGCGGCUGCCCGGGCGUUUGAAAAGCGGCUACGUAGGCGGCAAAAGACCCCGCCUCCGGGCUGCCGAUCGCGACCAUGGUCUCCAAGUCCGACCAGCUGCUCAUCGUCGUGUCCAUCCUAGAAGGUCGCCAUUUCCCCAAACGUCCAAAGCAUAUGCUUAUAGUAGAAGCAAAGUUUGAUGGAGAACAGUUGGCUACUGACCCUGUGGAUCAUAGUGACCAGCCAGAAUUUGCUACUGAGUUAGCCUGGGAAAUUGAUAGGAAAGCACUUCAUCAGCACAGGCUACAGCGUACUCCUAUCAAACUCCAGUGUUUUGCCUUGGAUCCUGUAUCUUCAGCCAAGGAAACCAUAGGUUACAUUGUUCUGGACUUAAGAACUGCUCAAGAAACAAAGCAGGCACCAAAAUGGUACCAGUUGCUGAGUAAUAAAUACACCAAGUUCAAGUCUGAGAUACAGAUAAGCAUUGCUUUGGAAACAGAUACAAAAGCACCAAUGGAUAGUUUUAAAGCAAAGGGAGCCCCCCCUCGCCAUGGAAAAGUACCUGCCAGCCUGUCUGGACUUGACCCCAAGGACAUUGUGGUAGUACUGAAUGAGGAGGGAGGCUAUCAUCAGAUUGGACCAGCAGAGUAUUGUACUGAGUCCUUCAUUAUGUCAGUGACCAUAGCAUUCGCCACCCAGUUGGAGCAGUUAAUUCCGUGUACCAUGAAACUUCCAGAAAGACAGCCUGAGUUUUUCUUUUACUAUUCUUUACUGGGAAAUGAUGUUACAAAUGAACCCUUCAGUGAUUUGAUGAACCCAAACUUUGAACCAGAGAGAGCGUCUGUUCGUAUACGGAGCAGUAUAGAAAUUCUUCAUUUUUACCUUGCUCUUCAUUCUAAACUGCAGAUCCAUCUGUGCUGUGGUGAUCAGUCACUUGGAAGUACGGAAAUACCUUUAACCGGAUUACUGAAAAAGGGCAGUACAGAAAUCAACCAGCGCCCAGUCACAGUUGAGGGUGCUUUUACCCUUGACCCUCCAAACCGAGCCAAACAAAAGCUUGCACCUAUUCCUGUGGAGCUAGCCCCAACUGUGGGAGUGUCUGUUGUUCUGCAGAGAGAAGGCAUAGACUCCCAGUCUUUAAUUGAAUUAAAGACCCAGAAUGAACAUGAACCAGAGCAUUCAAAGAAGAGGGUUUUAACCCCCAUAAAGGAGAAGACACUUACUGGGCCCGAAUCACCAAGCGUGUCCCCUGUUCCACCUCACAACCAGUCACCUCCUACAAAAGAUGAUGCAACAGGAAGUGAAGUAGAAAGCUUACAGUAUGAUAAGGACGCAAAACCAAAUCCAAAGGCCAAUGCUUCUGUACCUGCUUCACUGGCCCAGCCAGUGACUACAUCCAAUGCUUCAGAAACAGCUUCAGGAAAGAAGAUUGCUGUUCCAGCAACAUCACAUCAUUUUUGCUUUUCAAUAGACUUAAGGAGUAUACAUGCCUUGGACAUUGGUUUUCCAAUUAACUGUAUAUUAAGGUACUCAUAUCCAUUUUUUGGAAGUGCAGCUCCUAUUAUGACAAAUCCUCCUGUAGAGAUUAGGAAAAACAUGGAAGUUUUUCUUCCUCAAUCUUACUGUGCAUUUGAUUUUGCAACUAUGCCUCAUCAGCUGCAGGAUACCUUCUUACGGAUUCCAUUGCUGGUUGAAUUAUGGCACAAAGAUAAAAUGAGUAAAGAUUUACUUCUGGGAAUUGCGAGAAUCCAGCUUUCUAAUAUCUUGUCUUCAGAAAAAACUCGCUUUUUAGGUUCUAAUGGUGAACAGUGUUGGCGCCAAACUUACAGUGAAAAUGUGCCUGUUAUAGCAGCACAAGGGUCAAAUAACAGGAUUGCAGAUCUUUCUUACACAGUGACUCUAGAAGAUUAUGGACUAGUAAAAAUGCGUGAGAUUUUUGUCUCUGAUUCAUUUCAGGGUUUAUCUGCUGUACAACAAAAGCCAUCUUCUCUUCCUCCAGCACCUUGUCCUUCAGAAAUCCAGACAGAGCCUCGUGAAACCUUAGAAUACAAGGCAGCACUUGAGCUAGAAAUGUGGAAGGAGAUGCAAGAAGACAUUUUUGAAAAUCAGCUAAAGCAGAAAGAACUGGCUCAUAUGCAAGCUCUUGCUGAGGAAUGGAAGAAAAGGGACCGUGAGAGAGAAUCAAUAGUAAAGAAAAAGGUGGCUGAAUAUACUAUCCUAGAAGGAAAACUUCAAAAAACCCUAAUUGACUUAGAGAAGCGAGAGCAGCAGCUUGCCAGUGCAGAAUCAGAGCUUCAACGAGAAAAAAAGGAACUGCAAUCAGAACGUGAACGGAACCUGCAAGAACUUCAGGACUCUAUCCGUAGGGCCAAGGAAGACUGUGUUCACCAUAUAGAACUGGAAAGGUUAAAGAUCAAGCAGCUAGAAGAGGAUAAACACCGACUGCAGAAGCAGCUUAAUGAUGCUGAAAAUAAGUAUAAGAUUUUGGAAAAAGAGUUCCAGCAGUUCAAGGAUCAGCAAAGCAACAAACCAGAAAUUCGUCUACAGUCUGAAAUAAAUCUUCUCACCUUGGAAAAGAGGGAGCAGGAAAGUCAAAUGGCUCGUCUUAAAAAACAGCAAGAAGAAUUGGAACAGAUGAGACUGCGUUACCUGGCUGCUGAAGAAAAAGAUACAGUAAAAACUGAGCGACAAGAAUUGUUGGAUAUAAGAAAUGAAUUGAACAGGUUAAGGCAACAAGAACAAAUACAGUACCAGGAUUCCAGAGAGAUUGCAAGUGGGAAAACAGAUGGCCCACAUGGCAAUGCACUGGAAGAAGGUUUGGACGAUUAUCUGACUCGCCUAAUAGAAGAAAGGGAUACUUUGAUGAGAACGGGUGUGUAUAAUCACGAAGAUCGAAUAAUAAGUGAACUUGACCGACAGAUCAGAGAGGUUUUGGCAAAAAACAGUGCCAGUAAUUAAUAAUAUUUGGAAAAUCUUUACAGAGACUCCAGGUCUAAAUUUUAAUUUCAUUGUAAAACUUUCAAAAGUGGGGGAAAUGGAUGUUUUAGAAUGCUAUUUUCAAUUUUUUAUAAACAAAAUUUUGUAUGUUAAUGUAUAGUAUUUAUUUACUUUAUGCUACCUCUCCCACGCUGGUUUUGUUUGUAAUUACAUCUUAUAUGCUCAUUUUAAAUGACUUUUCAGUGUUUCUCAUAGUUUAUAAUCUGAUGGCUAACUUUCAAAACAGCUUUUCACUAAGUUUGUUUUUGGAGAAAUAACUACAGUCAUUUCCAGUUACAUAAUUUUUCAUGUUGAGCCAAUAGAGUACAUGUUGCACUUUAAAAAUGCUGUGUCCUGUUCCAUUUGAAUAUAGAUAUCUUAAAAGCUGAGACCAAUUGCAAAUGUAACCAGUUUUAUUUGACUCAUUUUAGAUGAGCUGACAAGUUUGAAAACAGUGGGUCAGUGCAGAGAAGCCAUAUGACAUAUUGGGUGACAAAUUAGUCAUUUAUUUAAAUAAAGUUAAUACAGAUUAAACUUGUUUCAAGAGCUAUUGAAUUUUCAAAUUUUCAGUGUACCCUUAAGAACGUGAAGUAAUAGCUUUGUCAGUCUCCCGCUGAAUAUUGCAUUGUUUUCUUUUGUUAAAAUUAGAGGUUACUUUUUAUUUUCCAGCGAUAGUAAUAUUAGCUGUUAAACCCUCUGUAAUAAAACAUGGAAACAGACACAAAAAGCCUUUAGCUGAAGAAAGAGUGAAAACAACUAUUUUUCACUCCCCCUGAUUUCAGUCAAUCUUUUUCAAAAGUACAUGAGAUUAGUAAUUGGAUUUAUGUACUGCCUUGUCCCUAUAAACUUUUAAGAGUUUUUUUAACAUCGUAUUCUUCAGAGCCAGCAUUUGUCCUCAAAGCAACACUUUCCACCUCCUUUACAAAGUAUUGAAAAACUUUAUUAGUAAAUUCACAGAAUAGGUUGUCUUAAAAUAUAUGUAGUUUAAAAAUUCUAAUUCUCAAAUAUAAAAAAUUUAAGUAUAUAUUUUUGGGAGUGUAUACCGUUUACUGAUAACUCCUGUAAAAUCAGAAUAGGAUAUUUGGUAACAUUAAUUUAAUUUUCUGUCAUUUUCAACAAGGUAUGUUUCUAGUUUGGGAAAUUAAGGUCCCUAGAUACAUUAUGUGUGUUUUUUCCAAAGUGUUAAUCUUCUAAAAACAACCCAGCAGUAAAAAACAGAGAAAUUAUUGAAUGGGAGAAUAAUGAAUCUGAAUCAAAGAAGAAAUUUGAAAUAUUAAUUAUGGUUAGAUAUUUUCUCUCAUUGAUUUUUGUGCCACAUGAAUGGAAUAGAAGUAUUCUUUUUGUUUUGGAAGGUCUGGGGUAAAAUAGUGUGAUUGUUCACCAUCAGUUACAUUGUGUGCUGCCUGUGACUGUUUUCAAACACUAGAGGGGGCCUUAGAUUUAAAGAAACAAAACGGAGUUUUCUAAAAUGGAUGCGUGGUUUAUUUUGCCAUCCAUAAAGCGAUCUUUUGGCUAUUGUAAUUUAACAAAUAAAAUCAUAAUUUUAUGCACUUUGA